UACGUGUUUUUAAGUCUCGAGUUUAUUAACAGAAAUAUUGGUCAUAACUUUUAUCAUUGAAAUUAUAAUAUGGUAAUGAUUAGAUUCAUUCGAUUUAAGUGAAUGAUUAGCGAGUUAAACGAAUUGCAAACGGCAAGAAUAUUGUAAAUAUUGUUUUAGUGUCAUUUAUAAAAUACUGUGUAAAUAAAUACAUUUAAUAAAAUGCUUGACUCUGAAAAGGAAUGGUUUAUCGAAGCUCCAUGGGGAAGAAUUUGUGUUGUGGCAUGGGGCUCCUGCUUCAACCCGCCUGUACUACUGGUACAUGGAGCAGUGGACUCAGCAGCUAGCUGGAGGCCCAUCAUAGAGCGACUCCCUGACCGGUUCUACUACAUUGCCAUGGAACUCCCAGGCAACGCCCACUCAGACUGGUUCCCGCCCGGCGUCAUGAUGUCGGCACACGACCUGGUGUACUCCAUGGAGGUGGUCCGGAGACACUUCCGCUGGAAGACCUUCGGGUUCAUGGGGCAUUCACUCGGGACUCUUCUAGGUAAAGUGUACAACCUGUCGUACCCUGACAGGAUGUCGUUCGUGGUGGAUUUCGACCCCACACCGGCGUACGCUACCGUCCGACCAGACCAGUUUGCAGCAUGGUACCAUUAUUACUUCACGAGGUAUUACCAGAAGUAUCAUAUCUACAACUCGCCCAAGAAGAACGCUCCGAAAUACACGAGAGAAAAGGCGCUGUCAAUGCUGGAGCACAACCGCGGUCUGACGGGCGCCGUAGCGAGCAUGGUGCUUGACAGAAUCAGCGAGCCGGUGGGGGAGGGGCUCGUCAGAUACAUCUACGACCAGCGUACCAAAACCGUCAUAUUCCCGCCCAACACAUCCGAACAUCUACAAAAACUGUACACCAACCUGAAAACGCCCACACUCACAAUAGUCGCCACAGAGUCUCUAGAGCGCGGCGCAUACAAAGCGACCCCGUUCGCGCUUGACGAAACUUGUUACCCAAAUAAAAAUUAUAGAGUAAUCACGGUGGAGGGGAAACACGAUGUUCAUGUGAUGCACCCGGAGAGGAUGGCGGCGUUUGUUGAGCUGUUUUUAGUGUAUGGAGUGGACGGGCUGGAUAGGAAAGCUAAACUGUGAUAUAUAUUUUUUUUGUUUUUUUUUUUGUUUUGUUAUACCCGGUGCCCGCGAGGAAACGGAAAUAUUUUAACAGUAUAUUCCUGGUCGUAUUUAGAGACGAAAAUGUCAUAUAAACUUUUUUUUUAUUCGCCUAGUUUCAGUGUUAAUACCAAUAAAAAAAAAACGUUUUUUUAUUGUGUUCUAGUGCAUAACGCAUUUUUGAUGGCGGUGUCCCCACUAUGGGACCUAGUAUAGACGUCCUUAUUGACAGAUAUCGAAGCGACAAGGAACACUUUGAAUAGGGGAGAAUCAACUUUUUAGCGUCACUCGUUGCCAUGGUUACGAUUAGUUGUCCAGGGGACAAAAGUUCAUUGAAAUACUGAUUUUAUGGUACUUAAAUGUAUCAAACUUGCGUUUUCGUAAAAACUAGUCUAUAGACUAGUUUAUAGACUAGUCUAUAGACUAGUUUUUACGAAAAAAAUGAACCAAUACCAAUUCAUAUUAAUAAGUUUAAUAACAUACAAAAUGUAAAAAAAAAAAAUUUUUUUUGGCGGAAUUCACUUAAAUUUAUUAAUGAUUUAUUCCUUCUUAUUUUUAUUUAUUUAAAAUAUGUUUACACGACAUUACAGAAAUCUAAUCCGUCAUGCAACGAAGAUCAAACAUAUUAACAACAGCACAUAAAAGAAGAUACAAUAACAUUGUACACAAAAUAAAACAAUAUUACAUUAAACUCGAAAGCCUGGCAUCCAUCACCUCACAUGACCUCAGGAAUACGUGGUUAAAUUUUUUCAGUUACCUCGCCUAAUUUGUAUUAGGUAGAUACUUGAAGGAACAAUAUCUUAUACCUUUAAACGAGCAAUUCUUGUAUAUAAACAUAUUUCGGGGAUCUCGGAAAUAGCUCUAACGAUUUCAAUGAAAUUUGCUAUGUGAGGGUUUUCGGGGCGAAAAAAUCUAACUAGGUCUUGUCUCUAGGAAAACGCGUAUUUUUUAUGUUUUCUGAGCAUAGCUCGGUCUCCCGAAUAUUUACUGAUUAAGAGGGAAGAAUAAGAAUAGCUUCGCGAUCGUAGCGAAAUAACGGUAUUUUUUCUAUGAAAUUCUAUUUCGGGAGAAAACUUUUUCCACUAACAAGGAAAGGUACCCAACUGUCCGGUUCCGAUUUGAUUUAUAUUUAUAUAUGUUAUAGAGUAGUCUAAAAUAACAGACACGUAUUUUUUUUAGCUGCCCAAACUCAACCUAUUGGGAGAAAUUGUCCUCCAAAGUACUAAAAAAUUACUAAAUCUUCUAACUCCUGUAGAAAGUGAUGCUCAAGCAACUUGCUAGUUAAUGGCUGGUUUGAGUAUAUGUUUGAGAGCAGGAAAAAAUAAUGAGCACGAAACUCAUUUUUUUCUAAAAAAACGACAUUUGAAGUUUUAUAAUAUGUUAUCGCUAAAGAGACACAUAAAGACGGAUGUUUUUUUAGGAAAACUUGAGUUUAAGCAGAUAUAACAAAACAUGUUCUCAUAUUUUUUUCCUGCUCUGUAUAAUAUAUUAUAUAUGUACACAGUAUAGUGACUACUUAAAAAACACGAAACAAAAUGAUUUGAUUUGGUCCCUAAGUUUUAAUAUUUUUAUUGUUUUUUAUGAAGAUUUAAAAGGAAAUAGAGCCAGACCAAGCUAAGUUGGCAGCGAUUUUAACAGCCCAACCUGUUGCAAGUUUUAAUAAAGCGUCAUAGUUUAAUAGGAGUUUAAAAUAACACUUGCACAGGCUGGGCUGUCAAAAUCGUUGCCAACUUAGCUUGGUCUGACUUUAGUGUAUUAUUUUUUAUUUAUUUAGAAAAAGUGAAAGUUAUGGUCUUGCUAUUUAUUGUUGUGCUUGUAAUAUUAAUAGAUUAAUUUUUAGAAAAUAUGUUUGUGGUAGGGACGGAAAGGUGUAGUUUUAGAAAAAAACCUGGCUAAUUGGUACAUUCCAAAGUAAUCUACAUUUAAAUGAGCGUUUCUUAAAAAAAAUCACUUUCAUUAAUUUUGUAUUUUUUCAUAAAUUUUGUGUUUCUUCUACUCAGACUCACGAGUCCUUUCGAUUCUGAUGGGAAUAAAAAAAUGUCCCAAAGUUUUUUUCCUAUUGUGUUACCAUUUCCCCUUAUACUUUGUAUGGCGAUGGUGGUAACAAAAAGGAAAGUUUAAAAAAUGUAUGGAAAUUUUGGGAUCCUUUCUCCCUAUACGGGUGAAAAGGGACCAUUUCCCCUUAUACUUUGUAUGGCGAUGCUGGUAACAAAAAGGAAAGUUUAAAAAAUGUAUGGAAAUUUUGGGAUCCUUUCUCCCUAUACGGGUGAAAAGGGACCAUUUCCCCUUAUACUUUGUAUGGCGAUGCUGGUAACAAAAAGGAAAGUUUGAAAAAGGUAUGGAAAUUUUAGGAACCUUUCUCCCUAUACGGGUGAAAAGGGACCAUUUCCCCUAAUACUUUGUAUGGCGAUGGUGGUAACAAAAAGGAAAGUUUGAAAAAGGUAUGGAAAUUUUGGGAACCUUUCUCCCUAUACGGGUGAAAAGGGACCAUUUCCCCUUAUACUUUGUAUGGCGAUGCUGGUAACAAAAAGGAAAGUUUGAAAAAGGUAUGGAAAUUUUAGGAACCUUUCUCCCUAUACGGGUGAAAAGGGACCAUUUCCCCUUAUACUUUGUAUGGCGAUGGUGGUAACAAAAAGGAAAGUUUAAAAAAUGUAUGGAAAUUUUAGGACACUUAUUCUCCUAUAAGGACGAAAAGGGCUCACGAUCCUGACUAGAAAUAACACAAGUGAUGAAAAAGGUCACAAAAAAGUGUCAAAAAAAGAACCGCUCCAAUAUAUGUACAGUCAGACUCAAUUGUAGAAUAAAACAACGCGUCCUAUGCAGUAGAUAUUUACAUUCUGUAAAAAAUUAACAAAAAUUGAUGUAUUUAUAUUUUAUAUAAGGUGCUAUAGGUAAGAAUAAGAAUAAGAAUAAGAAUAUUUUUUUUUUUAAACUUAAGUAAGUCACCUGUUGUAUGUAGUUGUGACGUGUCCGAAUAGACAUUUGUUUUGUUUGUGUGUGUCUUUUAAACAUGUAUUGUCUAUUCGAACACGUCACAACUACAUACAACAGGUGACUUACUUAAGUUUUUUACCUAUAACAAAUUAAAGCCCGACCAGAAAUAUAUGAUCAUUGUCAAGAGGGCGCUGUUAUUUUCAUGUAUAGGGUGACAGUUCAGUUUAGUAUGAAAAAAUUUGUUCCAAUGAAAUUCCGCAAUAUGGGGCGUGAUAAUAUGUAUAUCAGGCCAGGCUUUAGUUUCAUAGUCUGUCUAGCAAAGUAUGCCAGUAGCAAUGUACAGCAAAGUGAAGUAGUGCAACACUCAAAAAACAGUAUUGCGUUGGUAUUGCGCUAAGAAAAGCAGCAAUGUACAUCUAACCAAAACAUGUAACUAACAUAACCUCAAAUUUUACAAAAAUUUACGAUCAACGCGCGUGAUUGUAUAUUGUAGGCACCUUGGCUUUGGUUAAGUUCAUGCACAAGCUUAUUUAAUAUAUUGGUAUUUGGUAACAGCAGAAUUUUCCCUUGAAAUAGCAAAUUCAGAAUGUAAACAAACAUGAUGGCUGUCAUUCACUAUACACAUUCCACAGAUAAAACACAGAUGACACGCGAUUUUGGAAUUAUUCGAAAACAUUGUUGCUAACCCGCGAUUAUUCAAAUUUGCCGCCUUUUGCUACUGACAAGAUUUGUGACCAAGUAUAGUUACCAAUAUUUAGGGCAUGGGCUUUGAGGUUUCCAGUGAAAAAACACUGAAAUUAUGUCAUUGGCAUAUUUGUAUUAUUUGUGGUGGAAGAAAUACAUUUAUUACUUUGUUAUCAAA